CCUCUGCCACUCAUUCAUCUCACCGAUUCUCGCUUCUUCUUCUACUUUCCCAGUUUUCUCUUUCACUUUUCGUGAAGAUGCUUCACCAGGUUACCUCCGCUCUUUCCCUUAACUUUUCCUCAUCUCAGGCGUCGGCGCCGGCAACUUUUCUCCGCCGGCGGCCGCCGGCGGCUGGCGUCCUGAGGAUUCCCAUGGCGAAGGGGUCAGCAGGAAGAGUAGUGGCUGCUACCGGAGACGAGCGUAGCGGGGCUUUGACCGGAUUUCUGUUCGAGCCCUUCGAGGAGGUGCAGCAUGAGCUCGCGCUCGUGCCCUCUUCGCCUGAUAAGUCGCUCGCCCGUCAGAAGUACGUCGAUGAAUGCGAAGCUGCGAUCAACGAGCAGAUUAACGUCGAAUACAACGUUUCGUACGUUUACCAUGCUAUGUUUGCGUAUUUCGACCGGGACAAUGUUGCUCUCAGAGGCAUGGCCAAGUUCUUUAAGGAAUCGAGCGAGGAGGAGAGAGAACAUGCUGAGAAGUUGAUGAAGUAUCAGAACAAGCGUGGAGGUAGAGUAAAGCUCCAGUCUAUUCUGCUGCCCUUAACUGAGUUCAAUCAUGAGGAGAAAGGCGAUGCUCUUUAUGCGAUGGAGUUAGCCUUGUCGCUUGAGAGGCUUGUAAAUGAGAAGCUCCUUAAUACACACAGUGUAGCAGCACGCUUCAACGAUCCUCACACGACAGAGUUCAUUGAAAGCGAGUUCCUUGAAGAGCAGGUUGAGGCCAUUAAGAAGAUAUCUGAGUAUGUUGCCCAGCUGAGAAGGGUUGGCAAGGGGCACGGAGUUUGGCACUUUGAUCAGGUUUUGUUGCACGGGGAAGAGAAUGGCGCUGCUUGAUCAGUUGGGGAAGAAGUUAGUUUUUUAUUUUCUUGAAGGGUUUGUCGUAGUGGUUUUUGUCUGUAGUAAUAAAGAACAGUCAUGUCUCCUCUGAUGUUGUAGGCAAAACAUCAUUUACUAUCAAGACUUUUAUGUUAUAAAUGGAGUUAGCUGUAUAUGUCUGAAUAUGGAGAGAUUAUUACGUGUGGUGUUCCGAUCGUUUGGAGGCAAAUCCCGACAUGCCAACUCACCCGGAUGCAUCGGGCCCUGGGUGACGUGGCACGUCUAGAUUCGCCUCCGUAUGAAUCCGGACGCCGCACGGAAUAAUUUUCCCUGAAUAUGGGGAGGAUUUAUGAUUUAAAUCUGAAGGACAGUUUCUAUGGUAAUUUGCUGCAGUUGUAGAUAUAUGAUGGUAGAUGGUAUUAGCUUAUGCUGUCAUUU